CCUAUCGAAAAGUUACGUCCGGCUAGACGAUUCAAUACUGACAAGACAUUAUAAUUGAUGUAGAAGACUACCUAGAUUCUGCUGUGCCUUCACCGGGUGGCCUUUUUGAUCCCUUUUCGUCCUCUCUCCCUUCCUACCCCCCGGAAAUAGACAAAUGUCGCGUAACGUAUGGUUUACUUGAUUCCAUUUUCCUAAACGGUCCAACUGGGCUGACUAGCUGUUUUCUAUUGCGGCUCCCUUCUCUCCUUCUCUCUCUCGCUCCCACCCCCAUAUAUCUCGGUGACGAGGAUUUCCCCAGCUCCGUUUGUUCUCUCUAGUCUCGUCAAAGAGUUUGUCAUUGUCAAUUUUUUUACCACCCAGGUUCUCCGUGACGUUGGCUCGUUUGAAACAGUACUCAAGCCGUGAAGCAGAACUCCGAACCGUAAAAUGUGAUCUGAACCCCUCAAAACUCUAACGGACACUAUACCGAAGUGGAAUCACCAAUGUCUACUACAACGUGCUUGAGCAAACCAUCGCGACUACCGCGGCGGAAGCGGUCCUCGUCGGCGUUGCCGCAGCCCUCGGCGGGAUGGGCCGGGGCGGCGCCCCCCGGCGGCGGGGCGGGCCACCCCCGGAUCCGCUCGUGCGGGCCGGAGGGUCGCGGUCGCGCCAAGAAUCGCAACACGGAGACCCUGACGUCCAUCGUGGACGACAACGAGGAGAAGGUCUGGCGCUCGAAGCUCAUCUCGGAGCAGGACCUCGUCAACUGCAAUCGCUCCGACUUCAACAUCAACCUCAACUCCAUGACGGAGCACCUCUGCGCCAUCGAGAGUGACGAUAAUAUCAACCUCUGCAAUAGUUUGCCCGUCUACUUGCCGUCCAAGAAGGAAGUAAUGAGUGAAAGCAAUGAAAUUCUUGCAAAAAUUCUCAGUUGGAUGAAUAAAGAUCAAGUAUGCAGUCCUGACAUCAACAAAACGGAUGGCUGUCAGAAUGUAUCGGAGGUAAUCUUGAACGAUAACUUUCCUCCCAACCGACCCAGUCUAAAUUUCAAUAUGUGGCGGAGUGUUGGUCCUGUUAGCGCAGAUUCUCCCAAAUUUGAUGAAACAAUAGAAAAAAGGAGUCACAGUUCACAACAGCUGGGUACUAAAGUUGAAAUGGUGUACAAUUUACUCUCAAUGCUUAGCACUCAUGAUAGAGAGAAAAUGACGAAAACCCUGUUACUUAUGACAAAUUCACCAGACAGUUGCAUGGCAAUGAGGAAGUCAGGAUGCUUACCGCUUUUAGUGCAACUUUUACAUGGUGCGGAUGAAAGUCCAACCGUUAAAGAAGGAGCUGCCCAGGCACUUAGGAACAUCGUUCACUCUAACUCGGAUGAGAAACAAGGAAGGCGAGAGGCAAGAGUACUCAGACUUUUGGAGCAAGUUCGGGAUUAUUAUGAAAAAUUACCUUCCAAUGUCCCACCAGACCCAGAACAGCAAGAUGACAACCACAUUGGACAAGUAGUAGCAGCUCUAAUGAAAUUUUCGUUUGAUGAGGAACACAGACAUGCGAUGUGUCAGUUGGGAGCUCUCCAAACGAUCUCAAAAUUAAUUCUUGUGGAUCAUAAAGUUCAUGGCAGUAACACAGUUAACCAGCAUUCAAUAACGUUGAGACGAUUUGCCGGUAUGACGAUGACUAAUCUUACCUUCGGGGAUAGUGCCAAUAAAUCUCUCGUAUGCUCCAUGUCAUCCUUCAUGGCUGCUCUUGUGUCACAAUUGGAAUCACCAAGUGAAGACUUGCGCCAGGUGACAGCAAGUGUCCUGCGAAAUUUGUCAUGGCGUGCUGAUGAACGCAGCAAAAUAGCGCUCCGUGAAGUGAAUGCCAUUACCGCUCUUGUAAAAGCAGCAAUGAGGGCAGAAAAAGAAUCAACACUCAAGUCUAUUUUGUCUGCCUUAUGGAAUUUUUCUACCCAUUCUCAAGAAAACAAGGCUGACAUCUGCGCAGUUGAAGGUUGUCUUCAAUACCUAGUCAAAAUGCUAACUUACCAAGCACCUUCUAAAACUUUGUCAAUCAAUGAAAAUGCUGGAGGUAUCUUACGAAAUGUCUCCUGUCAAAUAGCUGUGAGAGAAGAUUACAGACAAAUUUUACGUGAGAACAACUGCCUAGCAACCCUCCUUCAGCUAUUGCGGUCACCAAGUCUUGCUGUUGUCUCGAAUGCCUGCUGUACAUUGUGGAAUUUUUCAGCCCAAUCAGAAAAAGAUCAGCAGCUUCUUUGGGAUUUAGGUGCAGUUCCGUUGCUACGCAGCUUAGUUAAUUCUAAGCAUAAAAUGAUUUCCCUUGGAUCAUCUGCCACUCUUAAAAAUUUGUUGGCGGCGCGGCCGGAUUGGGAUCCUUUCAACAAAGCUAAUAAGGGAAUGCCAGGUCUGUCAAUACGAAAGCGCAAGGCUUUUGAACAAGAGUUGGACGUUAAUCUUGCUGAUACAUGUGAUAAUAUUGAAGUGGAUGAAGAACGAUGGGAUGGAAAUGUAACGGCCACAAAAUCAACUCCAAGCGCCGGACAGUAUGCUGAAACGGAUCUAGAUCAGCCAACUAAUUACAGCUUGCGUUAUGCGGAAGAUGAUUCCUCUGAAAAAAUUGUGGAUCAAGAAGUGCCUCGAACAUACUGUACAGAAGGCACACCCUGCAAUAUUUCAUCAGCAACUUCGGUCACCGACCUGAGGCCCAGUGCAACAGAUGGAAAAGGCAUAGAUGAAGAAAAAGAAGUGUGCACACAUACUUCUCCUGCGGAGUCUCUUCACUCGAUUCCGAAUCACCCUGAAUCACAAACACCAAAUGACAUUAAUGAUGGGAAAAAUAUGAUCAUGGAGACACCACUCAUGUUUUCUCGUGCUAGCUCUCUAGAUUCUGUAAGCACCCCACCAGACCAUCCAGAUGAUCGUAGCUCAGUCGUAAGCGAAUUCAGCCGCAUUACAAGUGGCAUGAUAUCGCCGAGCGAGCUACCUGAUUCUCCUACUCAAACUAUUCCUCCAAGCCCACAAAGCUUGAAACCUCCCACAUCAAUUCCAUCACUGCUGCCGAAACCAAUUUCGCACAGUGUUUUCGAGGAUACUGUGGCGUCUUUCAAAGACGAGAAUACUCCUAUCCAGUUUUCCACUGCUACAAGUUUGUCAUCGUUGACUUUUGAUGAUGAUAUCAAAGGUGAUAAACUAAUAAAUUAUGCCGUACCUAGCGGCAAUGAGAAAGAACUGGCCCCAGUGAGUGAGGAAGAGGAUGAUGAAGACUUGCUAAAAGCCUGUAUCAGGAGUGGCAUGCCUAAUAGUAAUAGCAAUCACCAUUUGUCUGAUCACUUACGAAGAGCAAAAUCAAAUUCCCCAGCCCAGAUCCCACCAAGUCCACAAAGUCUGAAGUCAGCUGCGUCUUUGAAUACUAGUGAUAUUCAGCCCAUACAACGCAGUGUCUUUGAGGACACCGUUGCUACAUUCAAAGAUGAAAACACGCCCGUCCAGUUUUCAUCAGCCACAAGCCUAAGUUCAUUGACGUUCGAAGAUGAAAUCAAGAACGAAAAAGGUCUAAACAUGCCCUCUAACAUCUCAGCCGAGAAGGAUCUUACUCCAGUGAGUGAGGAAGAAGAUGAGGAGGCUCUGCAAGCAUGCAUCAAGAGUGGCAUGCCUAGUCGCAGUUCCAGCAGCAAUCAAAUUCACAACUCUGGAUCCAAAAUUGUCCUUGUCAAACCAUGCCAACGAGUAGCAGCGAAAUUAAGUAACGUACCCAUCAGAACUGGCUUGAAGAAGCCCGUGAGUAUGCCAGCAAUGGCAGACUGUGAAGAUGACUCAGUCAGAACGUUUUGCACGGAGGAUACUCCAGCGAACAUCAGUCAUGCAGCCUCACAUUCUGAUUUGUCCAUGCUCUGCGCCUCCUCAGAUGAUGGUUCUGAUUAUGAAAAUAUUCUAGCCGAGUGUAUUCAAUCAGGCAUGCCACAAUCUCAGAGGCGUGUUGAGCCAUCACCAGAAUCAAAAUAUACCUCACCAAAACACAAAACUAUGUUCAACGAAAGGAAGAUACCAGAGCUUUCACCCUCCAAUAGACAAACAAGCAACUCCUUCAAUUCUCCCCGUGCCUUACCAUUGCCUCGAGCAAUAGUCCAUCCACGGGAACUUCGAGAAGUUGCAGCACAAGAUGAAAUUGAAUGCUUCGCCACGGAGGGAAGUCCAUGUAACUUCUCAGCUUGGUCUUCAUUAAGUGAUUUGACGGUUAAUUCCAAAAAUGAGCAGCCGCGUCCUGUUUCAUCACCUGUACCUAACAAUGAGUCGCCUCCAAUGCAGUCCUUAGAACACACUGAUAAAGAUGAAAUCACGGUCAUCACAAAGAAACUUUCCGAAUGUCAGAUGAAAGACUCUUGUGACACUUGGAAUGAUGACUCAGCGAUUACAAAACCUACCGAAUUUUCCAUGAAAGAAUCUUGUGGCACAUGGAACGAAGACUCCACCUCAUUGCCCAGCUUUAACUCGCCUCUAAUCAACAAAAGCAUGGAGGGAAAAGAAGUGAUAAAUGUAACAGAGCCAACAAUUAAUACCACAGAAGAGCAAGAAAAUAAACAGCCAAUCGCUACCAUCACUCCUUUCAUUGAAAACCGCGAGUACAAUGAAGAGAUUCUCUCUGAUUCCCAUGUUAUCGAACUAGAGGCUGGAAAGAUAACUAUCAUCUCAUCUCUGGACAUGGAGCAUAGCAUGUCGUCUAUAGAUCUUGAGUCUGUUAAGCCUCCAUCGAUAAUGAGUAGCUCUUUCUCGAUGACGUCCAGCAUCACAGAAAAUGGAAGUCUAGGAAAGAGUAAUAAAAUGCGUAGCCUACUUUUCCGUCGAGCAUUGGGAGACUCUGUUAGUUGCAACAUUGAAUCAACCAAACCGCCAUCAUUCCUGGAGGAGGCAAAUUUAGUAGAUCUGGAAAAUUCUAUUGUUAGUGUUGCGAGUAUUGUGUCCGAGGUUGUCGAUUCGCCUCCACUUUCUCUAACAGAAGAUCUUACUGUUACGGAUACUUUUAUGACUUGCAAUGAUAUGACUGACUCAUCAACCAGCGGUGGCAUCACACCAAAACAAAAGAGGAGUGGAGAGAGAGACAGGUACAACACUUACACAAUCCAGCCAGACAAGAGCAGAGAAGGUUCCGUUGAGCCAGGCGUCAAAGAAUCGCAAAAUGAAGCGGCAAAGAAGAUCACCCCAAAACAAAGACGGCAAACAGAGAAAGACAGGUUUUUGACACGCACUAUCGGCGAUGGGGACUUUAUAGACAAUAAGAAUGAAACCCCUCAUGUUAUAGCAAACUUGGAUAGUAAACUAUCCCCAAAACAAAAGCGGUCCGCAAAUAAAGACAGGUACUUAACGAGGACUCUCAGUCGAGACAACAGUCUUGGGAGUGACACUUUAAUACCCAUUGAUAAUGAUAUCUUAGAUCCUGAUACAGUGACUAACAUCUCAGAUUAUGAAUCUGAGGAGGAACAAGUUGUCAAUGUGCCAAAACCGUCAAUUGCAAAACCGGUUAAAACAGAGGCAAUUAAGAGCGCAGAGACAAAUAAGAGCACAGAGACCAAAAACAAUAAAAAAAGUGGUAUCCCCACUUUCAAGAAUAAAACCACCCCCAAAAUACAGACCACCGAGUCACCAAGUAAACCACCCUCAACUGGAAGUAGGGUUUCUCCGAAAACCCCACCUGUAGACGCUGGAAGUAGGACUCAGAAAAUUCAGCCCCCAGAGCCAGCGAGUAAGAUCGUAAAAAGUCAGGUGAAAAAGGAAAUAACCACAACUAAUGCGGUCCGACCGACGAAACUGUUACAACCAUUACAAAGACAGGGUACUUUUACGAAAGAUAAACCAGUGACGCCUGUUUCUGGUAUCCCUGUUUUGUCUCCGAAAACUGCUAGUGCCAAAAAAAUACCAACGAAGAUUGCUUCUCUAAGGUCUCCAACGUGAAAUUGAGUGUGUCCAUCUUAACCAAGUAUAGUUGAGCAAGUUGAUCCUACUUUACCCUUAAGUUUCAUUUCAGUUUGUUUGAUUGUACUCAUUUUUGAAGCCCUGAGGAAUAGAGUUUGGCUUGCUCAAAGAACGGAUCGUAGAUUUUUCAAGGACACCAGUCAUUCUUUUUGUCACCAAUGAUCUUUAAUCCAGCCUGUAUGAGCACUAGUAAUCAGAUUUAGUCGGUUGCUCUUGUUUUUGCUUAACUUGAAUAUUUUCCUCCCUCUCAAGUGUCAACUUUCUCAACUUACUUCCUCAUCUUCUUCUUGGCAAUCCUCUAUGAAAGUCCUGCAAAGCCAUCUGUCUAUAUCCUUUUUGAAUAUAUGUUUCAUGUAGAAAAAAAAGGUACCAUUGUACUCGUAUCCUUAGUUAGCUGAGUGCUGAGGAUUGAAAUGCAAUAUAUAUUUAAUUAACGAAGUUUAAUUAAUCACGAUUUGCAUUUUUAUUUAAGUAAGUUAGGUAUUCUUAAAAAUAUCUAUUGUGUAGUUUUCAUAUCAUUGAGAUUACCCAUGUAAACUGUUUCUUCUAUUAUCUGUCGAUUUCAUGUAACAGAACAAUAUUUUGUGCUUCUGAGAAUGUGCUAUCAGUGGGGACUUUUAUGAUGAUUGUAGUAAUUUUUCCCCCUUUUGGCAUGUACCCAAAGAUUCUUAUGAAUAGAUGAAAAAAAUAUUGUUCUCUUCAAUUUGAUUAUCUCUCGGGUACGUACAACAACCAGAGAGGCAAAAAAAUUUCCGACUGAAUUCACUUUCUUCCUCCUCAUUCAUUAUCAUGCCCUCUUUUAUCACUUAUAUUUUAGCGCUAAGUUAACCCUUUUAAAAAGGUGUUGUGCCUGCAUUGUGAUGAAAUGUGCAAAAAGACUUCGUAGUUUAGGUUAAAUUUAGAACAAUCUUUGUAUGGCUGGAAUCAGGUUUUUAGUUUGUAGGUUUUGUUUUGUUUUCCUGCUUUUAUGGUUACUUGAAGUCAGUGAAAAAUAUUGUAUAUUUUUCACUCAAGGGUCUGGUAUGUCAACAGGUACUUGAUAUUUUUAACUUAAUGUUUGUGAAUGAACUGUAAUUGUUCAAAACACGUGAAAACCUCAUGUACUCGUCUGUAGUAAGAUGAGCAUUUUAGUCAGAUUUUUAAUACUUGUGUCUUUUAUGUAGAUUAUGUUGAUACAUUUCCUUAUGUAACUUUAUUCCUUUUUUAGCAUUAUUUUAAAAAGUGUACAGAUAUUUUUCUAUGAAAGUGUAUUGUUUGAAACCAGCCAAGUUUAAUGGCUUUUUCCCCCCCUGUUCUUACUCUUCCUUCCUAACCAAUUGUAGAUAGAGUGUAUUUAAUUUGAUACCUUUCAUAUUCUGAUCUUGUCACCGAUGUUUGAAGGAACUGUACUCGAAGAUCUUAUAUUAUGUGUUUUUCGUCAGCACGUAUUUAAAAUAUUUAGCAAGUAUUUUCUCUGCAAUAUGAUAUCUUUUUUUAUUCAUCCAGAACUAGCCCUACAUCAGGAACUACAUUUUUAACACUUGAAUAAACAACACCCAGAUUCAAACUCUUUAGUGUUCCUUUUCUUCUGUUUAAAUGUUAACGCAUGUAAAAGAAUCAAUGUAGGAUGUAUUUUUCUCCCCUUUAAACAUUUCUUGUGUACUUACUUUAAACUAUCUACUUCGGAAAUCAUUUUGUUUGCAAGUAAAUUGUGGAAUGGACCUCCAGGUUCAAAAUAUUUGCACAAGCACAAAUCUAUCAUGAUAGAGGUGACCUAAAA